CGAAAACUGCUCACCUUUAGACGGAAGGAAACAUGAAAUAAGUGGCAAGUUCACUGCCACCACGAGGAUAUAUCUCAGUUGCUCAAUUUUAUACUCCUAUCAUUUUCAACGGAAGUAAUAAAAUAAAACCCAAUUUAUUCGUUGCGUAUCAGGUUCGAGUUCGGUGCUGUACAAACAGAACAGCUUUGCCCUCACAAGUCGCAAAAAAUAUUCACAAUCUCAAUCGCUAAUCUCCAAUUUAAUUCAUCAUCGACACUUCGACCUCUACUUACAUGAUACUUGCAGAUUAUUCCCUGUGCACAUAUACAUACAGACACUACAUAGCCCAUACAACUAUACUACAAGUCUACAACCACUGGAUUGACGAAAAUGGCAAUUGGUGAUAUUGGUGCUGAUGAUUUAGCUUUAUUGGAGAAGAAGCAAGAUAAUCAGAAACAUCAGCCAAAGAGAGAUGUUAUGCAAGUUGCAUGCGGCUUAUGGACUGACGGGCUAAUUUGUGCCUUUGAAUCUGUUCAGAGCCGUAGGAAGAGAGCUGGUUCAAAAUUUGUAGCAAAGACCGCUUCUGCUCAAAGGGACACUGUAGUUAAACAGACAUCUAGUAAGAUCCCUCCAACUAAGUCUUCAAGACAAGAAGUCAAGAACACCGUUCUCGACUCUGUGCCUCUUGCAGAGUCAGUUGGAAAUUAUAAUGAUCCUUUAGUUGGCCAUGAUAGUGAGCAUGAUUGCCUUUCAUCCUAUUCUAAUCCUGAGGAUAAGUAUCCGGGAAGAUAUUGGAAACCAAUUGGCUGGUCUCGAAUUUCUGAACUUGUCCAAACUGUGCAAGUUGAUACUGACUGGGCCUCGCAGCCUAUUGAGUUUGCUGACAGUGAGGAUGAUAUAUCUGUUGCAGAGAUUGCAGCUCCCUACUGGGAACAACCUGUAGGGCCAACUUGGUGGUGUCAUGUAAUCGCAGGGCAUCCAUCUAUUACUGCAUGGUUAAGUAAUGCCCAGUGGUUACAUCCUGCUAUCAGUACUGCUUUAAGAGAUGAAAGCAAGUUAAUUAGUGAACGUAUGAAGCACCUUUUCUAUGAGGUCCCAGUUAGAGUUGCUGGAGGACUACUAUUUGAACUUUUAGGCCAGUCAGCAGGCGAUCCAUUUGCUGAAGAAGACGACAUACCUGUAGUUAUGCGAUCGUGGCAAGCACAAAACUUCUUGGUAACGACAUUGCAUGUUAAAGGUUCUGCAUCAAACGUUAAUGUGCUAGGUGUUGCAGAAGUACAGGAGCUACUUACUGCUGGGGGAAGCAAUGUACCACAAACUAUACACGAGGUCAUAGCACUCCUGGCAUGCCGCCUUGCUAGAUGGGAUGACAGGGACACAUUCUUGUUGUUGCAGACACAUCAGGGAAGUACCUGCCUUGAGUUCUCAGUUUGUGAUUUGCUAGGGUUAUUUCGAAAAUACAUAUUUGGUGCUGCAGAUGAAAUUGAACUGAAGUUUAUGAACAGGAGAAACCAUGAGGACAUGCAUCUGUUCACUGUUAUCCUAAACCAGGAGAUCAGAAGACUAUCAACCCAGGUUAUUAGAGUGAAAUGGUCAUUACAUGCCAGAGAGGAGAUCAUAUUUGAACUUCUUCAACAUUUAAGGGGAAAUGCGACAAGGAAUUUGCUCGAAGGAAUAAGGAAGAGUACAAGGGCUAUGAUUGGAGAGCAAGAAGCAGUCCGUGGUCGCUUGUUUACGAUACAAGAUGUUAUGCAGAGCACAGUCCGUGCAUGGUUACAGGACAAAAGUCUUCACAUAACACACAAUUUGGGUGUGUUUGGUGGCUGUGGCCUCGUACUAUCAAUCGUCACAGGACUUUUUGGAAUAAAUGUGGAUGGGAUUCCUGGAAAUGAAGGAACUCCAUAUGCAUUCGCCCUCUUCUCUGGUCUUUUACUUCUCUUAGGGGUUGCACUGAUUGCAAUGGGAUUGGUCUACCUUGGUCUGAAACGACCAGUUGCUGAAGAGCAAGUCCAAGUAAGAAAACUAGAGUUGCAAGAACUAGUCAAGAUGUUUCAGCAUGAAGCAGAGUCCCAUGCACAAGUUCGAAAGUCUACAUCCCACAACACAUUCGCUUCAAAUGCUGCAAGUUUAGUUAGAGAUGGUGAAGAAGGUUAUAUCCUCAUUGACUGAACACAUCCUUAGUGGUUACUGCUCUUAUGUCACUUUGUGCACACCGGAAAGCAUUCACAUUUGUGAUGUUGCUUAAUGCUUUAAAUUGGAGGAAAUAUCAGACUUGAAGCUGUUCAUGAACGCGAAAUCGAGAACUUCACCGAAGCAAAUGGUAGAACUUGACACGAGAAACAUCUUACUAAUUGCCAGUUCGCAGUUUCUACCCAGAUGAACUACUAGCAAGUGUUGCUCUAGAGUCUAGAAUACUCACCGAAUUUACUGUUUCAUAAAGUUUUGACUUUAGUCACUUUACAAAUAAGCGUACAUAGAAAGUACCAUGGCAUGAUUCGUCAAAGUCGGAUCACAUUCGUUGUAAAGUUGUGCCUUGGAUGAAAAGGUUGUAUCUGUUUUCUGAAAACAGAAAAUAAGUUCUUAUUUUUUAUUAAAUGACAAAUAUAAAUUAUCUCA